AUGGCUAACGAAAAUUUAGACAAGGCUUCAAAUGGGUCAUCUUCAUCUGAUUCAGAUAAUGCUUCGAAUGGGUCAUCUUCGUCUGAUUCAGAUAAUAAUGCUUCAAAUGGAACAUCUACCUCUGAUUCAGAUAAAGCUUCAAAUGGGACAUCUACAUCUGAUUCAGUUAAAGCUUCAAAUGGAACAUCUACAUCUGAUUCAGAUAAACCUUCAAAUGGGACAUCUACAUCUGAUUCAGAUAAAGCUUCAAAUGGAACAUCUACAUCUGAUUCAGAUAAUAAUGCUUCAAAAGGGUCAUCUUCACCAAAAGAAAAUUCAGAUAAGGCUUCAAAUGCUUCAUCAUCAGAUUCAGACAAGGGUCCGGCUCCCUCACCAAAAUCAUCUGUCUCAGAAUCUCCGAAAAGUGCACCAUCAUUAUCUCCGCCGCCGGCAACUCCGCCCCCUUCUCCACCACCUUCUCCGUCUCCCCCACCACCGCCGUCAAAAAAAUCAGCCCCUCCACCCUCUCCACCGCCGCCAUCGCCAUCGCCAUCACCGUCACCACCACCACGACCACCACCAUCACCAUCACCAUCACCAUCACCAUCACCGCCAUCACCAUCGGCAUCACCACCGUCACAACCGUCACCACUACCACCACCACCCUCUCAACAAUUACCUCCGUCACAACCUCUUGUCCCUCCUCCUCCUCCUCCUCCUUCGCCUUGGGUUUCGCCUCCAACGCCACCUUCUCCUUCUUCCCAUGGUUCAGGUUCAAACCACUCUCCACCUCCACCAUCGCAAUCACCACCAAAUUCCCGUUCAAAACCAAGCACCACUUCUCCCCAAAGCGAUUCUCCUUCGACGUCACCUAGCUCCCGUAACAACACAGCAGAAUAUGUUGGUUUUGCUCUCGCCGGAUUUUUCCUUAUUGCCUUUGUUGCAGCAGUUCUAUUUUUUGUAUUGAGAAAGAGGAAAAAGCGAGGGAGUAUCUACGCCGUGCCACCCCAUAAAAAACCUCAUAUGAAAGGAGGUGCUGAUUUGCAUUACUAUGUACAGGAGCCUGGUUAUGCCAAUGGUCCACAAGAUGGGUAUUAUGCUUCACAGCCUACCCAUGCAGGUGCCAUGCAGCAUAUAAGAAGUUCUUCAGACACGGCUCAGCCCAUGAACACCGGUCAGAUAGUUUUCACCUAUGAUAAGAUUGCGGAAAUUACAAGCAACUUUUCUAGUGAAAACGUAAUAGGAGAGGGGGGAUUUGGGUGUGUUUACAAGGCUUCAAUGCCAGAUGGAAGAGUUGGAGCAGUUAAGAUAUUGAAGGCUGGUAGUGGACAAGGAGAAAGAGAGUUCAGGGCUGAAGUUGAGAUUAUUAGCCGUGUACAUCAUCGACAUUUGGUAUCAUUAAUUGGUUAUUGCAUAGCAGAGCAGGAAAGAGUGCUUAUCUAUGAGUAUGUUCCUAAUGGGAAUCUCGAUCAGCACUUGCAUGGAAAUGAUAUGCCAAUUUUGGAAUGGCCCAAGAGGGUGAAGAUAGCAAUUGGUGCUGCAAGGGGCCUAGCAUAUCUCCAUGAAGGCUGCAACCCAAGGAUUAUUCACAGAGAUAUUAAGUCGGCAAACAUACUUCUAGAUGAUGCUUACGAGGCUCAGGUUGCAGACUUUGGACUUGCCAGGCUAACCGACGAUGCUAAUACCCACGUAUCAACAAGGGUGAUGGGGACCUUCGGGUACAUGGCUCCAGAGUAUGCAACAAGCGGAAAAUUAACAGAUAGAUCAGAUGUUUUCUCUUUUGGAGUUGUCCUUCUUGAGCUUAUAACUGGAAGAAAACCUGUUGAUCCAACACAGCCAAUUGGAGAAGAGAGUUUGGUUGAGUGGGCUCGUCCACUCCUCCUUCGUGCAGUUGAGACAGGUGACUUUGGUGAACUAGUAGAUCCAAGGCUUGAAAGGCAAUACAUUGACAGUGAAAUGUUCAGAAUGAUUGAGGCAGCUGCAGCAUGCGUUCGCCAUUCUGCUCCAAAACGGCCUCGUAUGGUUCAGGUGGUCAGAGCCUUAGAUAGUGGAGAUCAACAAUAUGAUCUAUCUAAUGGGGUGAAAUAUGGUCAAAGCACUGUGUAUGAUUCUGGCCAGUAUAAUGAAGACAUCAUGAGAUUCAGAAGGUUGGCUAAUGGCAGCUUUGGUGAUUCUGAGUAUGACAUGUACAGCGAAUACAAUUCAAAAGACAUGGCUGGAGCCAAACAUAGAAGGAUGACAUCUAGUGCAGGUGGUGAUUCAGAAUUUAAAGCUUUGAACAGCCAAAGUACCAGUGCCCAGAACAUGUAA